AUGUUUGCUAGGGCACUACGUGCAGAAACGCGGAGUCGCGCAAGAGAUGAUACUAGGAGAGUUCAUAAGUCAACGGAAAAGGUUCAAAGGUGGGAAAAGAAGUGGGUUCCCGUCAAAGACACGUCCAUGCUGAUCUACAAGUGGGUGCCAAUUGCUGAAGAUGAGCACGCGCAGCCAAAGAAGAGCGGAUUUGCUCGAGCUCAAGCCAACGUUCUUGCUCCGACCGGUGGAAGUAUAAUAACAAUGUCGUCUUGCCCUCCUGAGCUGCGAACGGUGGAGUCCGCCCCAAGUGAAAGUACUCCUGCCGAUAGGGUACCCAAAAUAGAAACGCCCGGCGAAAUAAGCAACGACGCAAAAGACGGCCUGACAGUCGACACACCCGUCGACCUCACGGCGUGA